AUGACAAGUGCAAGUGCUGCAGGCAGCGUGCACGAGAUCCGCAGCGCCCAGCGUGCGGAUGGCCCUGCAACACUGCUUGCAACCGGCACGGCUAACCCAGCAACCUGCAUAUCGCAGGAUGCAUACCCUGACUAUUACUUCGGUGUCACCAAGAGCGAGCACCUCACCCAGCUCAAAGAGAAGCUCAAAACACUAUGCCAGAAUUCAGGCACGGAGAAGCGUUUCUUCCACCACGACGAGGCGCUCCUGGCCGCGCACCCGGAGUUCCCGGACCGGGCGUCGCCGUCCCUGGACGCGCGGCUCGACAUCGUCAAGACCGCGGUGCCGGAGCUCGCGGCGUCGGCAUCGAGGAAGGCGAUCGCCGAGUGGGGCCGCCCGGCCGCCGACAUCACGCACCUCGUCGUGGCCACCAACUCCGGCGCGCACAUCCCAGGUGUGGACUUCCGGCUGGUGCAGCUCCUGGGCCUCCGCGCCUCCGUGCGCCGAACCAUGCUCUACCUCAGCGGCUGCUUCGCCGGCGCCGCCGCGCUGCGCGUCGCCAAGGACCUGGCCGAGAACAACAGCGGCGCGCGCGUCCUCGUCGUCUGCGCCGAGCUCACCAUCAUGAUGUUCGCUGCGCCCGAGGAAGGCCACUUCCAGACGCUCAUCAACCAGGGGCACUUCGGCGACGGCGCCGGCGCCGUCAUCGUCGGCGCGGACCCCGGCCCCGCCGAGCGCCCGCUGUUGGAGAUCAUGUCUGCCGCACAAACCAUCAUCCCGGAGACCGAGGAUGCCAUCACCAUGCAGCUCACCAGUGGCGGCCUCGGCGGCAGUAGCGUCCACAACAAUCUCGGGGUGCUCGUCGGGAGCAACGUGGAGCGCUGCCUCUUGAACUCGUUUUCACCGCUUGGCAUUGAUGUUCCCAACUGGAACGACCUGUUCUGGGUUGUGCACCCGGGCACGGCAGCAUUGCUACGCCAGAUUGACGCAGUGUUCCAGCUCCAGCCCGACAAGCUGGCCGCAAGCCGACGUGUCUUGCGUGAAUACGGCAACAUGUUCGGCGCCACCGUGAUCUUCGUGCUCGACGAGAUGUGCAAGCAUAGACACAGGGGUGGUGUGGUCGACGGCCACCUCGACGAGUGGGGUGUCUUGAUGGCAUUCGGACCAGGAAUUACCUUUGAGACGAUGCGUGCGGAUGGCCCUGCAACACUGCUUGCAAUCGGCACGGCUAACCCAGCAACCUGCAUAUCGCAGGAUGCAUACGCUGACUAUUACUUCGGUGUCACCAAGAGCGAGCACCUCACCCAGCUCAAAGAGAAGCUCAAAAGACUAUGCCAGAAUUCAGGCACGGAGAAGCGUUUCUUCCACCACGACGAGGCGCUCCUGGCCGCGCACCCGGAUUUCCUGGACCGGGCGUCGCCGUCCCUGGACGCGCGGCUCGACAUCGUCAAGACCGCGGUGCCGGAGCUCGCGGCGUCGGCAUCGAGCAAGGCGAUCGCCGAGUGGGGCCGCCCGGCCACCGACAUCACGCACCUCGUCGUGGCCACCAACUCCGGCGCGCACAUCCCAGGUGCGGACUUCCGGCUGGUGCAGCUCCUGGGCCUCCGCGCCUCCGUGCGCCGAACCAUGCUCUACCUCAGUGGCUGCUUCGCCGGCGCCGCCGCGCUGCGCGUCGCCAAGGACCUGGCCGAGAACAACAGCGGCGCGCGCGUCCUCGUCGUCUGCGCCGAGCUCACCAUCAUGAUGUUCGCUGCGCCCGAGGAAGGCCACUUCCAGACGCUCAUCAACCAGGGGCACUUCGGCGACGGCGCCGGCGCCGUCAUCGUCGGCGCGGACCCCGGCCCCGCCGAGCGCCCUCUGUUGGAGAUCAUGUCUGCCGCACAAACCAUCAUCCCGGAGACCGAGGAUGCCAUCACCAUGCAGCUCACCAGUGGCGGCCUCGGCGGCAGUAGCGUCCACAACAAUCUCGGGGUGCUCGUCGGGAGCAACGUGGAGCGCUGCCUCUUGAACUCGUUUUCACCGCUCGGCAUUGAUGUUCCCAACUGGAACGACCUGUUCUGGGUUGUGCACCCGGGCACGGCAGCACUGCUACGCCAGAUUGACGCAGUGCUCCAGCUCCAGCCCGACAAGCUGGCCGCAAGCCGACGUGUCUUGCGUGAAUACGGCAACAUGUUCGGCGCCACCGUGAUCUUCGUGCUCGACGAGAUGUGCAAGCAUAGACACAGGGGUGGUGGUUCUGGUCCUGGUUAUGGUUCUCAAGUGGUCGACGGCCACCUCGACGAGUGGGGUGUCUUGAUGGCAUUCGGACCAGGAAUUACCUUUGAGACGAUGGUGCUGCGCGCCCCAAACAACUGCCUGCACAAUGGCAAAUACUCCAUCCGUUCCAAAUUAUAA